CAUGGCCACGGCUGGGUUUUCGCGCAUGCGGACUGGGUCGGGCCGCGGGCGCGGCGUGUUCCGGGGGUGCUCGGCGCGGCAGCAUGUGAGGAGGCCGCCCUGGAGGUGACGGCGCGGCACUGCCGCAGCGAGCUGGACCAGUACGGGCGCUGCGUGGCCGCCAGCCCCGCCACCUGGCAGCAGGACUGUCACCGGCUGAAGCUGCGCAUGGCCCGCUGCGCCGCCUCCCACCCGAUUGUGCAGAAGAUCCGCCACGACUGCGCUGAGCCCUUCACUGCAUUUGAACAGUGCUUGAAACAGAACCAGGCCUCUGUGAUGAACUGCAACGAACACCUCAACCAGUUCCUGCUGUGCGCUGAGCAGGUGAAGCUAAUGACUUCAGGUGAAUGAAGGCUCAGCUGGAAACUUGAAAUCCCGUAUUCAUCUCCAGCACAGGCAGUCUCCCUGUUAGCCUCCCCAUCUGCCACCCUACCAAAAGUGCCUCCCCUGCCCUAGAGAUUCCUUCCAGGAGUGAGAUUGGAGAUCAGUGUUCAUUCUUCUCUUGGCCUCUCCCCUGAGACUGACAAGAAGUGCCACUUGUAAUGGUGGAUCUUGUGGUAGUGACACUUGACAUGGCGGCAACCAAGAUGGCUCAAGGGACUGGCAACCGUGUCAGGGUUUUUCAUCACAUGGCUGUCAGCUCAAAGUCAUUACCUCAUUUCACAUAGGUCUUCAAAUGGGUAACCACAGUAUUUCUGCGCCCUAAUAAAAUAAUUCUUAAAGACUAAA